UUGGCGGCAAAACCCGCCGCGAACGCCGAACACCCCGACUCCGUCGCUCUCUCCGGCACGUGGUGUUCUCAGUCCUCCGUUCAUUCUAUUGCUAACUCCCACGGAAUCGGCGCCUUUCGCCUUAUCUUCGCACUAAUUAACCGGCCUCCGACGGCGAGACGUGCGACUCCGGCGUUCGUGUGAUUAGGGCUUCGGCCCCCCUCCGAUGGAGGCGGAGGGGCCGGGGGCUUCUCCUCCUCCCGCCAUCCGGCCCAUCAACAAGAGCGCCGUCCACCGGAUAUGCUCCGGCCAGGUGAUCCUCGACCUCUCCUCCGCCGUCAAGGAGCUCGUCGAGAACAGCCUCGACGCCGGCGCCACCAGCGUCGAGAUCGCCCUCAAAGAGUACGGGCAGGAGUGGUUCCAGGUCGUCGACAACGGUUGCGGCAUUCCGCCGAGCAGCUUCAAGGUUCUUGCCCUUAAACAUCACACCUCCAAGCUAGCUGAUUUUCCGGAUCUUCAGUCGCUGACGACGUUUGGCUUUAGAGGCGAGGCAUUGAGCUCCCUCUGUGCCUUAGGGAACUUAACAGUCGAGACAAGGACGAAAGAUGAGUCAGUCGCCACGCACUUGACUUUUGACCACUCGGGUUUGCUAAUCGCUGAGAAGAAGACAGCACGUCAAGUUGGGACAACGGUUACUGUCAAAAAGCUAUUCUCGAAUCUGCCAGUGCGAAGCAAAGAAUUUAGCCGCAAUAUCCGUAAAGAAUAUGGGAAAUUGAUAUCUUUAAUGAAUGCCUAUGCUCUUAUUGCCAAGGGAGUUCGGAUUGUUUGCACCAACACAACUGGAAGAAAUGCAAAGUCUGUCGUACUUAAAACACAAGGAAGUGGCUCUCUCAAAGAUAACAUCAUAACAGUGUUUGGAAUGAAUACAUUUAAAUGCCUAGAGCCUGUGACAAUUAGUGUUUCAGGUGAUUGUACGGUUGAAGGUUUUCUUUCCAAGCCUGGACAGGGUAGUGGACGCAACUUGGGAGACAGACAAUUCUUUUUCGUGAAUGGAAGACCAGUCGAUAUGCCUAAAGUAAGCAAGCUUGUUAAUGAGUUAUAUAAAGGUGCAAACUCAAAGCAGUAUCCCGUUGCAGUCAUGAAAUUCACUGUUCCAACAAGAGCUUGUGAUGUUAAUGUAACCCCUGACAAAAGGAAAAUAUUUUUUUCUGAUGAAAGCUCCAUAUUACAUGCCCUAAGGGAGGGUUUGCAGCAGAUCUAUUCCUCAAACAAUGCAAGCUUUUGUGUUAACAAGGUCGAGGAUCCUUCAAUGGAAGAGGAUGGCUUGAAGAUGCAUCCUUCCGAUGAUAAAUCUUAUCCAUUGAUUAAAGAAUUAGCUUUGGAGGAAGACCAUACGAGAGAUCUUGCCGUUGAGCAUGCUGCAGAUGAAGAUGUUUCCCCUCGAGAAGUCAAAGGUGAAAUCCAGGCCUCCCCUGUACUGGAAGGAUUGAAUAAACAUAAAGAUGAUAAAUUAGUUGGUGGGGGCUUCAGUCUGAGAGCUCACAGUCUUGAUAAAUUUAAUUAUUUCAGUGACAGCACAAUGAAAGCCCACCACAAAGGCACCGCUGUUAAACAAAAUUCUCAAAACCUAUUAGGUUCAGUUGAGAAUCCAAUUGCUCAAAGAGAUUCUCAAUGUCGCUCAAGCUGUAUUCAGUCAUCACUUAAAAAUUUUGUUACUGUAAGUAAGAGAAAGCACGAGAACAGUAUUUCUGCACUAUCUGAAAUGCCUGUCUUAAGAAAUCACACGCUUCAUCUUCCGUUGGAGAAGGACCAUUCCAAAAUACACUCUGUCGGCAUCAGUUCUCCAGCUAAGCACCAGCAAAUUGAUGUUUCUGAUGAAGAAAUUGAGUUUGUGCCCUCCAAGCAUCAUAAGAAAGAAAUCUCUGCAAAAAUUGAUAUUUCUGAUGGCAGCAUCAAUGAGGGAGAGCUUGAGGAGAUACUAGUGGAUCAGGAGAAAGUAUUGCCUCUUGCUGAGGAAGUUUUAAUCAGCAAGGACAACGACAAUUUGGCGGAAGAUCUUUGUGCAUCAGAUACCUCUUUUCUAGCUUCUGGAUCCACAUUAGAUACUCAGAUGCCUUUGCCUAGUGAAAGGAUGUUUUCUACUUUGCAAUUUUGUUUUCAAGAGCUACAGACAAGACGACAGAAGAGGCUCUCGAGAUUGCAGUCAGGGGCUUAUAUAUGUAGGAGUGUGAAGUCAAAAAGACAGUAUGCUGCUGCAACAUUGGAGCUUUCUCAGCCAGACAAUGAGGAGCGAAAAGCAAGGGCUUUAGCUGCAGCAACAAAGGAGUUGGAAAUAUGUUUCAAGAAAGAAGAUUUUCGUCGAAUGCAGGUAAUGGGGCAAUUCAACGUUGGUUUUAUCAUUGGCAAGUUAGAUGAAGACUUAUUUAUAGUGGAUCAGCAUGCUGCUGAUGAGAAGUUUAAUUUUGAGCAUCUCUGUCAUUCCACCAUCUUGAACCAACAGCCUUUACUGAGGCCUUUAAGGUUGGAGUUAUCUCCUGAAGAAGAAGUGGUAGCGUCAAUGCAUAUGGACACAAUCAGGAAGAAUGGUUUUGUUCUCAAAGAAGAUCCACAUGCUCCACCAGGAUGCCAUUUUAGACUAACGGCCGUUCCCUUCAGUAAAAACAUAACCUUCGGAGUAGAAGAUGUCAAAGACCUGAUCUCCACUCUCGCUGAUGGCCAUGGGGAAUGCUCGAUACUUGGUUCUUACAGAUCGGACACUGUCAGUUCUGUAUGCCCAUCUAGAGUUCGUGCGAUGCUGGCAUCGCGGGCAUGUAGAUCCUCUGUCAAGAUUGGAGAUCCUCUCGGAAAAAGCGAGAUGCAAAAGAUACUUGAACAUUUGGCAGAUCUCAAGUCUCCUUGGAACUGCCCCCAUGGAAGGCCGACCAUGCGUCAUUUGGUCGACUUGACGGCGAUUUGCAAAACGUCAGAUGAAGACUCUGCUUAGUUUUGACGAUUCAUGCUUGAUGCUGCCAUGAACUGAGGUAAUUAAGCCUUGUAACUUAUGCGAUGAUCCGACCGUCGGCAGCACUCUUUUAGCUGCCUGAUGAUGAUGGAUAGGAGGUUGUUCAUGCAAUUGUUGUAUAAAUCUAGUCUUCAGAAUUCUGGAUUUCCUCAAUGAACAAUUUGCGAGGACCUUGAUUCAAUUACAUUUGCCAUUAAUGUGGUUAGCAGUGUACAUAUAUACAAACGUUCCUGAUGUUAUUGCGAUUUAA